AUGGCAGGAAGCACGCGGUUUAGGACACUGGAGGAGCAACUCAAGAAGCAGGAGAAUCGCUUGCAAGAACUGGCGGAAUCCAUGGCUACAAGGCAGAGUACAAGUUCCGAGGAGUUGCGGCAUAAGCUACAGGCGGAAAUGGAGCAGAAUAAUGCCAAAUUGGACGCGGCGGUGGGAAGUCUGGACCAGAAGUUCAACAAAAUGGAACAGAGGCUCAGUACAGUGUUGAAGUUGUUGAUGAAGGAGAAAGGCCUCCCUGAUGUCGAAGGGGGAAUGUCUGAUCCAAUCCUGCCGACUCCUCCAUCUCAUCUGAGGAUAACAUCCUCAGUCGAAGGGAUUGGGCACCAACAAGAGUACAGAGGUAGGCAAUUCACUCCUAAUGUACCUCGGUUAGAGCUGCCAAUGUUUAGCUCUGGAAACCCUAGGGAAUGGACUAGGAAAUGCCAGAAAUAUUUUUUGAACUAUCAGGUAGCAGAGAGUCAAAAGGUGGAUGUAGCAGAGAUGUUCUUGGAAGGUAGGGCUGACAAUUGGUUUCAAGGAGUGAAAUUAGUGAGGCCGGGGUUAUCUUGGGGGGAAUUUAGUGAACUGUUGUGUGAAAGAUUUUCUGGAAGUAGUUCUCGUGACAUUGUGGAAGAAUUUAACAAGUUACAGCAGAAAGGAACUGUCGAGGAAUAUGAGGAGAAGUUUGAAGAGCUAAAAACUUUAAUGCUGAUGAAAAACCCCAGGCUAGAUGAACUUUACUUUGUUUCCAGUUUUAUUAGUGGCCUCAAGGAAGAUAUUAGACCUAUGGUGAAGAUGUUUAAGCCUCAAACAUUGAUGAAGGCCUUUGAGGUUGCUGAGUUGCAGGAGUGUUCCCUGGAAAUCCAGUCGAAACAAAACAGAACUUCAGGGAGGAUGGCAUUGGAUUCCAAGUUUGGAAUGUACAAGAGCACCACGAAUGAUCAGGGUCGCCAGAAUUCAUAUAAGUUGCCUGGAGUCACUCCUGUCCCCAGGAAGACUGAUGCAGUACACAGGGAAUUUAGCAAGAUAUCAGCGGAGGAAAUGCAGUAUAGACGUAAGCACAGCCUGUGCUAUAGGUGUGGAGAGAAGUUUGGAAUAGGUCAUCAGUGCAAGAAAGGGAGUCUGAACUGUGUGAGCACUGAGGAGGAGGAGGACACUGAAUUUGAAGACGCGGAGGGGGAACAGGAUGAGUUAACAGGGAGGGUAGGAGAACUUGCAGAAGUCUCUUUGAAUGCUCUAUCUGGUGCCAUAAGGAGGAAAUCCAUCCUGCUGAAAGGGAACUUGGGAGGGCUUCCAGUCAAAAUUCUGGUGGAUACAGGCAGUUCUGACAGUUUCAUUCACCACAGGAUUGUCAAUCUAUUGCACCUUCCAUAUCAGGCAGUCAGUCCAUUCACUGUGACUCUUGCAGAUGGGACUGAUAUUACCAGUGGAGCCAUCAGUCCCAGCGUGUCUUGGUUAAUCCAAGACUACCAAUUCCAAUUUGACUUAAAAGUAAUGGAAUUAGGGGGAUGGGAUAUAAUUCUGGGGGUGGAUUGGAUGUGCCAGUAUAGUCCCAUUACAUUUGAUUUCCAUUCUCUUAGCAUUGCCUUGAGUGAUAGAGGUUCUUUACUGUACCUCCAAGGACUCGUGAAUCAACCUACUAUGGAACUGGUGAGGGGCAGGGAUCUCAGGUCAUUUAUACGGGAGAAACAAAGAAGCUGUGCAGCCAUGCAUGCUGAUAAGGCUAGAGAAUCUGAGGAGCAGCUUCCAGAAGCUAUAGGAAGGAUCCUGGAACAGCAUUCUCAAGUUUUUUCCACACCAACAGGAUUACCCCCAGAAAGAGAAUUGGACCAUCAGAUCAACUUUAAACCAGGAGCUGAACCUUUUAAGCUCAAACCGUACAGGUACCCCCACUCACAUAAGGCAGAAAUUGAAAAAUAG